AUGGUAAGUGUCUUGGAGAAAGAUAAAAUCAAUAAGACACUGCAUGACCAUGAUUAUAAAGCCCUUGAUUUUAUUGGUGAAGGUGCUUACGGUAAAUGUCUUCGUGUUUAUUCUCUCAAAUAUUAUCAAACAUUCGUAUGCAAAGUAAUCUCUCAAGUUAGAUCAUUUAAUAAUGAAAUAAAUUCGCUUGCGUCAAUGUCUCACCCAAAUAUUAUUAAACUUUACGAUCAUUUCACUGAAUACAAUAAGUGCUUCUUAAUCCUCGAAGAUUGUGAGAAUGGUGAUAUCAUAAAUUAUCUACGCAACAAUAAUGUCUCGAAUCAAGAGUUAAUUCGAAUCUGUUACGAAAUUAUCAACGUUAUUGAAUACAUCCAUUCACAAGGUUUAUGCCAUCUUGAUAUUAAGCCAUCGAAUAUAAUUGUUGAUAAGAACGGUCGCGUUAAAUUAGCAGAUUUUGGGUUUUCGCAGUCUUUCGACAAUUUAUGCAAUUGUGACAGGAUUGGUACUCGAUUGUAUCGUGCUCCAGAAGUAUUUGAAGAUAAACCUUUCGAUCCUUUCAAAGCAGAUAUAUGGUCUAUGGGAAUUACUUUAUAUUACAUAGUUUUCGGAACAUUUCCAUUCCAUGACUACAAGGAAUGGAUAAAUCGACUUACAUUAGGUGUUUCAUCACUCAGGAUACCAAAAUUCAUAUGUGAUGAACUAAAUACAGUUUUAGAGAUGUCUAUUAACGUCAGACCAUUCAUGAGGAAGCCAAUGACAGAGAUUAAGGAUGUGUUCUCUAAAUGUCCUUCUUUGGCCAAUGUUUAUUCUCAAAUUAACCACAAUAACUCGUGUGCUUGUGGUGGCCUUCGAAAUACAUUUUUCUCUAAAGGUGUUACAUCUAUUCUCCCUCAUAAAAAUAUAAGGGUUCAACUUUCAAUUCCAAUUCUUAGAAAGAAAUAA